AUGCUCCAAACACAGACUCAUCACGUCUUUUCCCAUCAGCAUCAGUACCCGCAAGCUGAUCCGUCAUGGCUGCACCAGCAGCAACAGCAACAACAUCACCAAGCCGCCCAGCAACAUCCGCACCAACAGCAGCAUUCGCUGGUAGCCCAGCAGCAUGCCCAGGUCCAGGCUGCAGCGGCCGCGGCGGCAGCCGCUCAACAACAACACUAUAGUCGGAUUGCAAUGGCAGGAGCUGCCGGUGCCACGAACUCACCACAAGGUUCCGGCGCUGGAGGAAUGGGCGGAGAUGCAGGCUUGUCCGGUGCGAUUUCGGUGAUCGACGGUGGAAUCAGUGAGGAAAAUCGCAAGGUUUUCAUCUGGGUCGCGGAGCUGCUGGAUCCCAAUCGCCGAGAGGCCGCACUUAUGGAACUCAGCAAGAAGCGGGAGCAGGUGCCUGAACUCGCGUUAGUUAUCUGGCAUUCUUUUGGUACUUCUCUUCCCCGCCUAUGCCGUGAUCAUGCAAAGCUGCUAACUUUUGGGCUUCUAGGCGUUAUGACCGCCCUUCUCCAAGAGAUAAUUUCUGUUUACCCGUUGUUGAAUCCAUCCCAGUUGACUGCAGCUGCGUCGAAUCGUGUCUGCAAUGCACUCGCUCUGCUCCAAUGUGUUGCGUCUCACAAUGAGACCCGUACUUUAUUCCUUAAUGCUCAUAUUCCUCUGUUUCUCUAUCCUUUUCUUAACACCACUUCCAAAUCACGCCCCUUUGAAUAUCUUCGUCUUACUUCCUUGGGUGUUAUCGGUGCUCUGGUGAAGAAUGACUCCUCCGAUGUCAUCAAUUUCCUCCUUACCACGGAGAUCAUUCCCCUCUGCCUCCGCAUUAUGGAGACUGGCUCUGAAUUGAGCAAGACCGUCGCCAUCUUCAUUGUACAGAAAAUUCUACUCGACGAUGUCGGCCUUGCAUACAUCUGUGCUACUUAUGAGAGAUUUUAUGCGGUCGGGACAGUUUUGAGCAACAUGGUCACACAGCUUGUUGAGCAACAGACAGUGAGGUUACUGAAGCACGUUGUGCGCUGCUUCCUUCGCUUGAGUGACAAUAGCAGAGCCCGGGAGGCCUUGCGUCAAUGUCUUCCCGAACCACUCCGGGAUGCCACCUUCUCCUCCGUCCUUCGCGAUGACGCAGCCACAAAACGCUGCCUUGCACAGCUCCUCAUUAAUCUCUCUGACAACGUGUCCGACGGCGCUCCGGGCAUUGCGAUGUAAAUCACGAGGCACAAAAAAGCAUCACUUCAUUUUUCUUCUCGUUCUAAUCUACUUUGAUAUAUUCGACACCUUUUUUUUUUUUUUUUUA